AUGGAUGCUAACAAAAUUGAAGAGCUGAAGCAGUUUGUGUCCCUGUGUAAAGAAGACCCGGCCAUUUUGCACAAGCCAGAGUUUUCCUUCUUUAAGGAAUUUAUCGAAAGCUGCGGUGGAAAAGUGCCAAAGGACAAGGACUUUUAUGAACACAUUCCAAGCGAAGAUAGCACCGAUGAAAAGUCUCACAAUGAUGAAAAGGAAGAAGAUGACGACGAGGAUGAUGAAGACCAAGAGGAUUUAGAACAAGAACAGGAGGAAGAGGAAGAAAAUGAUGAAGAUUUAAUGAAAGAAGAAACGAUUGAAUGCCCCCCUUUAGCUCCAAGCAUAGAAGGAGAUUUGUCCGACGAGGUGAUUGAAGAAAUCUGUAAGUUGAAAGAGGAAGCUGUGAAUUUAGUACAAGAAAAUAAAUUUGAAGAAGCCUUAGAAAAAUACAAUAAAAUAAUUUCCUAUGGAAAUCCAUCAGCCAUGAUAUACACAAAAAGGGCUUCCGUUUUAUUAAGUUUGAAAAGACCAAAAGCUUGUAUACAAGAUUGUACGGAGGCACUAAAUUUGAACAUAGACAGCGCCAACGCUUAUAAAAUUAGAGCAAAGGCAUACAGAUACUUGGGCAAAUGGGAAAGUGCACAUGCUGAUAUUGAACAAGGACAGAAAAUCGAUUAUGAUGAAGAUUUAUGGGACAUGCAAAAACUGAUUGAAGAAAAAUACAAGAAGAUUUAUGAAAAGAGAAGGUACAAAAUUAAUAAGGAGGAAGAAAAGAAAAGAAAAAAAAGGGAAAAAGAAUUGAAGAGAAGGUUGGCCGCUAAAAAGGCCGCAGAGAAGGCGUAUAAGAAUAACAACAAGAGGGAAAACUACGACUCGGAUUCCUCAGACUCGUCCUACAGCCAACCGGACUUUUCUGGCGAUUUCCCUGGAGGAAUGCCAGGUGGACUAGGUGGCGGAAUGGGAGGAUUUCCCGGGGGACUAGGUGGAGGGAUGCCAGGGGGUAUGCCAGGCGGGAUGGGAGGAUACCCAGGUGGCUUUCCAGGCGGAUUGGGUGCAGGAAUGCCCGGUGGAAUGCCUAGUGGAAUGCCAGGAGGUAUGCCAGGCGGCAUGCCCGGGGGAUUAGGGGGCGGGUUAGGAGGAAUGCCUGGCGGCAUGCCAGAUUUAAAUUCGCCAGAAAUGAAAGAGCUCUUCAGCAACCCGCAGUUCUACCAAAUGAUGCAAAACAUGAUGAGCAACCCCGAGUUACUGUCCAAGUAUGCAAAUGACCCAAAGUACAAGAACAUAUUUGACAACUUAAAAAAUUCCAAUUUAGGAAAUAUGGGGAAGCCCGGCUGCAACGGCAAGAACUAG